AUGAGCUCACAAAAUGUUGAUUCUGCGCCAAAACCUAGCCAAGUGCAAAAGUCCGGCGUAAGAGCAGCUUUCGAAUACACUGGAAUUCCACCAUCAUGGUUCGACAAGCGUCCCAAACUUCCGUCUCGGAACUGGCUCAUAUUCCUCUCGGUGACCACCUCUAUCGUCGCAUACUAUGUUUAUGACCGCAGAGAGUGUAGACGUAUACGUGCAGAUUAUUCCUCACGCGUCGAGCAUCUUGCCAAAGAACCAUUGGGUACUACAGACCUGCCGCGCAAGGUCAUCGUAUACGGCGCGAAAUGGCCCGGAGACGAGGACCAUGAUAAGAGCUUGAAAUUUUUCAGGAAGUACGUCAAGCCGAUUUUUGUAGCAGCUGCCGUUGACUAUGAGAUGAUUUCGGGGCGCCGAAGUGGUGACCUCGCCAACCGCAUUGCGGACGAGAUUAAGACUCGUCGACGCAUUGACGCUGGUGUCGAACCUCCAUCACAUAGUCCAGUGCCUUUGCCUAACCAGCCAACUCUCGAACAAAAACGCAAGCGAGAACUCGAGGGCGGCAUCGUCCUCGUCGGCCGGCACACAUUGAAAGAGUUCAUGUCGGGGCUCAAACGCGGUUGGACGGAGAGCAUGGAUCGCGUUGACAGGGAAGACAUGCUCGCACAGGAGCUGGCGUCGGAUGGCCGAUUUGAUGAGCCAGAGGAACCUGUUAUAGAUCCCGAGGUAGUAGAUGGGGAGCCCUUACCAACCCGUUCGCGCCUUCUACCUUCGCAGAACGCGGUAUUAUUCCCUUUGCAGAUGCCUUCUUCAAGCCCAACAAAAUCCACGCAAUAUACUUCAAACAUUCCUGCACAUUUAGACACGCCACCAUCGACUAUACCAACCCUGCCAACGCUUCUUCUCGUCCCCUUCACAAAUUACAUUGGCUUCAGACAGGUUCCUAAUAUGUUAUGGGGAUUCUUCAAUGAGCGGCAUAAAGUCCGCGCUGGUUCUGAAGCAGCUUACUCUCUGAUAAUGAGUCACGUGCGACCAUUCGCAGCAGCAAACACUGCUUCAGAAAUUCAGGAGUCACAAUUGGACGGACGUCAAGGAGGAGACCUUGAUUUCGAACUUCCUGCCGAAUCCUACUAUGAUGGUGCUUAUACACCGUCUGAAACAGAGAAAGCGCGCAAAACUUACUACGACGCACUGCCCGCAAAGCUAGCAACUGCACGUGCAUUAGCACGAGGCACUCGAGCCCCUACGAAGGAGGAGGAUAGUCAUCCCCCGCCAACGGAAGUAGAGCUCCGUGCAGAACGAUUGAAGAAGGAGAUGAGAUGGCGUGGCGACGAGGCUGGUUGGGAAACCGUGAAACCCGGUCAGCUUGUGCAAUGGGACGAACGAUUUGCCGACGCCCUGCAGGUUUUUGACGAGCCUCGAGCAGACGACGUUGGUUGA